CAGCGAUAAAUGAAAGUCUUAAAAAAAUAUUGUUUGAUGUGAGAAAUGGCUCUACAAGGAAGGAUCCUCGUCAUUAUCCCGGUUUUCGCCGUGACGACCGGGUUCCGCCUGUCUCUCUGGCGGCGUAAACGUACCGUGGAGGUGUGGACUCUUCGGACCACCCCUCCUCAAAACCAGAGUAAUAAGAAGAAAGAGGAGGAAGUGGAGAAAACAAAGGGUCUCUUGAAUAUUGCUCUCCCCAAAUGCCGAAUGUUCUUCUCUUCAGCAUUGCUUUCCUCAAAUCUUGAACUGUUCUCUCCCCCAUUGAUAUUUGAUCGAUUGAAAGAAGGAGAAAAAAGAAAGUGAAAAGACAAAGACCAUUUGGGUCAUUUACCCAUACAUUCCUGAACUGGGUUUUCUCUUUUCAUUGAUAUUCAAUCAAAGAAAAGAUUAGCUCGAAAACAAGGUAGAAAAGAAAGGUCGUUUGGCUUUUCUACGCAAGAAGAUGGGUGACUGUUUCAGUAAAAAGAAUUCAGAAUCAGAAGCUGAUGGCGCAGGAGGUGGGUACCAACCGGCUUCCAGGCAGCAGAACCAGCAGAAAGAACAACAACAGCCCCACAAUACGCGUUCUGAAAGGCCUGGUCAGCAGCUCCCACCUUCUUCACAACCCAAGGCAUCACCAUUGCCCCAUCCUGCUUCUUCUUACGAACAACCCAAGCCUGAACCAGGGGUUGACACCAUCUUGGGCAAGCCUUUCUUGAAUGUGAAAUCCUUCUACACAUUAGGUAAAGAAUUGGGUAGAGGUCAAUUUGGUGUUACCUAUCUGUGCACAGAGAAUUCUACUGGCUUGUCUUACGCCUGCAAAUCCAUAUCCAAGAGGAAGCUUGUUCGUAAAAGUGAUAGGGAUGAUGUAAAGAGGGAGAUCCAGAUCAUGCAGCACUUGACUGGCCAAGCCAACAUUGUUGAAUUCAAGGGGGCUUAUGAGGACAGGCUGUCUGUGCACCUUGUGAUGGAGUUAUGUGAGGGUGGAGAGCUCUUUGAUAGGAUAAUUGCCAAGGGCCAUUACUCUGAAAGGGCUGCUGCUUCGAUUUGCAGAGCGAUUGUUAAUGUUGUGCACAUAUGCCACUUCAUGGGUGUUAUGCACCGGGAUCUCAAACCUGAGAACUUCUUGCUAGCAUCAAAGGAUGAAAAGGCUCUACUAAAGGCGACAGACUUUGGGCUUUCAGUUUUCAUUGAAGAAGGAAAGGUAUAUAGAGACAUCGUGGGUAGUGCUUACUAUGUUGCUCCUGAGGUCCUACAUCGCAACUAUGGAAAGGAAAUUGAUAUUUGGAGUGCUGGUGUUAUUUUAUAUAUCCUUAUCAGUGGUGUACCUCCUUUCUGGGCUGAAACAGAGAAGGGUAUAUUUGAUGCCAUCUUGCAAGGAGACAUUGACUUUGAGAGUGCUCCAUGGCCGUCCAUAUCCAACAGGGCAAAAGAUCUUAUUAGGAAGAUGUUGACUCAAGAUCCAAAAAAGCGGAUUACCUCUGCACAGGUUCUUGAGCACCCAUGGCUCAGAGAUGGGGAAGCAUCUGACAAGCCCAUUGACAGUGCUGUCCUAUCUAGAAUGAAGCAGUUCAGAGCAAUGAACAAGCUCAAGAAACUCGCUUUAAAGGUGGGUUGCAUUGUUUCAUUAUUUGCCUCUCUCUCUCUCUCUCUCUCUCUCUCUCUCUCUAUGUGUGUGUGGCACAACGUGUGGCCACACCUUACACAUUCACACACACAUAUAAGGGAGAAUAGUAUUUCCCAUAACUCUUAUUUUUGCCUCCAAAUUUCCUAAAAUCUCUCCAUCUCUCUCUCUCUCUAAACUCUCAUCUAUAAAGUUUAUUUUACCUAAAACUCUCUUUGGUUUGUUAUCUAAAUCCAAUGAGAAAGCUACACAAAUUAACGUAUCAAUUUCUCCUUAAGAACCUAUUUUAUCCCAAUCCUGAGUUACAGAAAUGCUUUUUCAUGGAGAAGAAAUAGGAGCUAGGAAAAAAAGAAAACAACCCUUUGAAAAAUUUAGUUAGGG